AAUCACUUUAUUUUGCUUCAGUCACUUCCCGUGGAAUCACUGUUCACAGACGCCUCAGUGUUUCGUAGGGCUUCAGUGAGAUUGUCAUUAGUCUUUUCACCCCUAAAAUUGCCGUCUUUUGAGAUAUUCUCCUGAGAAGUGGUGGAAAAGUGUAGUUUUCCUGAAUUUUGCUGAACUUUAUGGACUACAGAAGCGAAUUUGACCAGUGAAGAGUGAUUCUCCUGCGAACAACAUAUGACAACCAAGGGUGUAUCUCAAUCGCGGGAGGGACUUUUCGAAGAGAUACGCGCAUUUUGAUCUUCGGCGUGGUAAUUGAAUUAUCACCUUCACGACACUCUGACGCUGGAAAUGGCCAGGAGAAGCGACACUUGGUCAAUUUGUGACUGACACAUACAUCAUAAUUGGAAAUUUCUCAACCGACAGGGCUGAUCUCAAAGCUGAUAUUGGUUUGCCAGAUCACUUGCCACAUUCCAGUUCAGAUCGGAUCUGAGCCGACAAAGUGUUAGAUAAACAGGUGAGACAGACAAGGAUUUAUUGCUGAGCCUUGAUCACGAUGGCGCACAACGAGAGCACGACAGAUCAGGUGAUCACGGUACAACCGCCCUCACCAGCCCACACGGACGCCAAGAGGAAGGUGAGCAUCGUGACGGACCCUGUGGAACGCCAUGGCUUCGACAACCUCGCCUUUGAGCAAAACCCUAAGCGGAAAAUAUCUCAGACCCGCGUUCAUUUGCAGACUUCAGACCACUCUGAAAUCGGACCAGUGCACCGAAAGAGUAUCCUGCACAAUACCAAUGUGGACAAUGAUUCCCUGCAAAGCCAUCACUCUCAUGAUGCCAAAACCAACAAUGGCGACGCUCGCAUGAAGAAGCACUCAACUACAGAGAGCUAUCAUUCACGAGCCAACGCUAAGGACGAUAAUCAACUCGAGCAAUCCUGGAUCUUUGCGCUUUGCAUGCGAUGCCGCGUGCCUUACAAUACUCCCUCGUGGGAGCCAAAGCAUUGGCAGAAGGUCUGCCCUUAUCCGCUGUGUCCUUCCUACAGGCAGUUUGCAAACUUGCUAGCUCUGGUGCUAAUCGGAGUUCUGAUCUGGGUGACGGCCUAUGCCAUCAUAGGAGACUCUGCGGCUCCUGGAGGACAACUGUUCGGUCUCGUUGUUCUCACUGUGGCUGCCAAUUUUGGCGGUUGGAUAAUAUCACUCACAACACUGCCUCGUCUCAUUGGGAUGCUUCUCGUGGGCAUCUUGUUCCAAAACGUCGGAUGGGUUAAUCUCGAUGGAGACUUCUCUCACGUCACUGCAGAACUUCGCAAGGUCGCCUUGGUGAUUAUCCUUACCCGGGCAGGCCUUGAAAUGGACCCAGAUGCCUUCAAGAGAGUCUACAUCACGAUUCUGAAACUAGGUCUUGUGCCCUGGACCGUUGAAGCUGUCAUUAUCGGUGUGAUGACUCACUUCCUCUUGGGCAUGCCCUGGAUUUGGGGCUUUAUGCUAGGUUCCAUUAUCGCAGCCGUUUCCCCAGCUGUCGUGGUGCCCUGUCUCUUCAGAUUGCGAACCAAGGGCUAUGGCGUGGCUAAGGGCAUCCCAACCCUCAUUGUGGCCGUGGCAGGCAUUGACGAUGCCGCUUCUGUUGCGGUCUUUGGCAUUAUCAGCAGUAUUAUGUUCUCCAGCGAAAGUCUCGGCUUCCAGAUCGCUCAAGCUCCAGUUUGCAUCAUUGGAGGACUAGGGUUUGGCGUUCUCUGGGGUUUGCUGUCCAAAUAUGUGCCGGAAAAGGGUGACGCCUAUGCGGUGCCAAUACGAACUCUGAUGCUCUUCGGUGGGGGUCUGUUGGCCGUGUUCGGUAGUGAACUGAUCAAGUUCGAGGGCGCCGGACCUUUGGCGGUCGUUUUCGCAGCCUUCGUCAGCAAUUACUUUUGGUGCCAACAGGGCUAUGAUAUUGAGGACAAUCCCGUGGCUACGGCCUUCGAGAUCUUCUGGAUGAUCUUCGAGCCCAUCCUCUUUGGUAUUACAGGAGCCGCUGUGAAGAUAAACGAACUGGAGCCUGACCUCGUCUACUUAGGAUUGGGCUGUCUGGUCACGAGUGGAGUCGUGCGAAUUAUCAGCACUAUUUUCAUUGCCUUCGGGGAUGGACUUAAUUGGAAGGAGAAGGUCUUCGUGGCGCUGUCUUGGUCAGCCAAGGCGACAGUCCAGGCUGCCUUAGGUCCUGUAGCUAUGAAACAUCUCACAGCCCAAUCUAGUGAUGAAGAGAGAACCUGGGCCGAUCAGGUUCUGACGAUAUGCGUCCUUAGCAUUGUCCUAACAGCACCUCUUGGUGCCAUUAUGAUAUCCAUCACUGGUCCAAAGCUGCUAACGAAGACGAAACAACCACACAACACGGAUGGUUGGCGAAGAAGUCACCGACCAUCUCUCAGGGACAUUAGCAUUAUCGACGAAGAGGAGGAGCGCGAGGAUCCCGAGGAUGUGCCCGACAAGUCCACCAUUAACAACACCAAGACCAACACUCAUGUCACGCCAAAUGAGCCCGUCUACACCGUCACAAACCCGAAAGGCGUGCAAGUCCUACAAAAGCAGCCACAAUCUUAAGGGUUAUCGCAGGGUCCAUAAAGAUUGGGAUGCAAUUGAGAGAGCGCAAAUUACUUGACGACCCCAUCAGAGGUGGUCCAAAGUGGGCCAUUAGAAUCGGGACACGUGGCCACUCGACUUGAGAUGAUCUCCAUUGAUUUCAGCCCCUCUCCAGACCAUGUCAAUUGGCCAAAUUAUCAGCUUCCUCGCGAUAUGGAUCAGUUGUCAUGUCAUGCCGGAGACACAAGAAGCCCAACAGCCCCCAAAAAAAACCGUGAUAAAAUUCCUAUGACUUACAAUCAACAGUGAAGACACAAUAAAGUUUUACAGUCUCUA